AUGAACAUAACGCUCAUAACAACAGCGUACUGGGUGUUCACAUGCGUAAGGAAGAAUCGAAGUCGGUAUCCUACGUGUUUCGUACCAGCCCAGGCUACAGAACCUAGUUUACGUUAUUCGACCACCUCAGCCUCCUCUUUUUGGUCAUCGACCACUUCAGCCAUCUCUUUUUGGUCAUCUAAAUCGGCAAGCUUCUCGCAUGGGCCUAGUUCACGUUAUUCGACCACCACAGCCUCCUCUUUUGGGUCAUCGACCACCUCAGCCACCUCUUUUUGGUCAUCUACAUUGGCAAGCUUCUCGCACGUUGACAUCUCGGACAAGGAGAUCAAGAAGUUGUCAAAAGAAAUGAGAGCAACAGACGACAACAAGGCGCUGAGCGGACAAGUCAUCAUCAAUCUUCAAAAUAAAUACAACAGGAAGAGUGGGACUGGGGUGUUCUUCGAAAGAGUUGACCCAAAACUUUUUGAAAGACCCACAUUCAAAGCUUUUCUUGAUAUGACUGAUAACUUCAAUCCAAAUCCGAAAGUUCGUGAGCCACAGGUUUCGCUCAAAGAGGAGCAAAGAGAAGUAGAUGCUUUUCUGACAGCAGCUCUCAAUUCGAAACCUUGGCAAAUUUUCUAUAGAUUUCUCAACAUGAAAGGAUUGAAACAUGCAGAAAACCGCAACGUGUUUCGGAAAUGGAUAGAACAAAUCUGGUUCGAACACUAUUCUCGUUCCAGAGGAGAAGUAUUAGAUAGUUCAGGAUUUGAGCAUGUUUUCAUAGGCGAGUUCAAAACUGCAAAGAAGAAGAAGAAAAUAGUCAAUGGACUCCACAACUGGAUACGAUUCUACCAACUUGAACAAGACGCCAGCGAAAAUUUCUAUUAUAAAGAAUAUAAGGAUCAUCGCAAAAACAUCCUAGCAGCAUUGAGAUACAGUUGGCGUGGCGCAGAGAAACCGCUUGGGUCGAUGUUCGUUGGAACUUCACCCGAAUACGACAUGGCAAUUUUUACUCUUUGCUUUCUGGCACGGCCCGAUAAGCGCAAUUGUAAUAUUGUCAUCGAUGAAUGCGUCGUCAAAAUCCAGACACAUACAUUGAAUCAAGAGGGCAAGUCUUAUGUUGGAUCCGCAUUUCCCUUGAUUGACAAAAGUACAAUUUGUGGACGAAAACAUUAG